AUGACUCAUCGGCCAAGAAACUCUGGCUCUGCAUCCUCCCAACCCCUCAUCCACACCUCUUCUAGCAGCACCGCCAUGUCCCUGGGCGACCGCUACCUGAACCUGCUCGGCCUCGAGCGCCCCGCAAAGCUCGACCUGGCCGCGCUCACAACAAUCCUGCACGCGCACCUGCGCGCCUUCCCGUUCGAGAACGUGACGCCCUUCAGCGGCAUCCCAGUGAGCGUGGACACGGAGGAGAUCUACGCCAAGUUCGCCUCCGGCCGGGGCGGCUACUGCAUGGAGCACCACCAGCUGUGCCAGCCUGCGCUGGCCGAUAUAGGCUUCGCGGCGGAGCGUCAGAUGGCGCGCGUGUACGUGGGCACGAACGAAAGGGCGCUCGCGCAGACACAUCAAGUCACCCUCGUCACCUUCCCGGACGACAGCACGUACAUCUUCGACCCGGGAUUCGGGGCCACGACGCCCAAGACGCCCCUGUGCAUCAGCUCGGGCCCCGAGCCGCAGAAAAACGAGUGGCAGACCCUCCGCGUCGUACCCGCAACACACGACGUGGUGGAGAAAAUCGGCGCAGCCAAAGUCGGCGAGGACGUUCAUCUCAUUGUUGAGAGCGAGUUCGAAGGCAACUGGAUGCCGCAGUACGGCCUCACGCGCCCCGGGGCUGUGCACGCGGACAUUGAGGCGUUCAACUGGUGGGUGUGCACGUAUCCGAAGAGCAACUUUGUCACAAACCUCAUGUGCGCAACGUGGAAUGGCGACGACGACAGGGUUACGGUCGGAGGAAGGGUGGUCAAGAAACGCAGCCCCGGAAGGCCGGACCAGGUCGCUGUCAUGGACUCGGAGGAGGAUGCGAGGAAGUGGCUCGUAGAGGAGAUGGGACUGAGGCUUAGCGAGGAGGAACUCAGGAGGUGUUGGGAGAAACUGAGCACGCUGCCGAGGCCGGAGAUCAAGUAG